CCGUGGAGGGGAAGGUGGCGGUUCCCCCUGAGGAGGGUGUUUGUCUUUAAAGCUGACGCUCCCCGUCCCCCUCCCCGCAGGGAAGGCUGAGGGCGCUGCCGGCGCUGAAGUCCUUGUUGGGGUCCCCGCCCCGGAGCCUCUCUCAGCGGUCCUUCUGACUGUGUGAGGGGAGCUGAUUGACAGGCUGUGGGGACGCCUUUGAAGGCACAUUCUGUGACUCCUCAACAUAUUGUCUCCUGAGGAAACAACCCAGACCCCAUCAGGACCAGGACCAAAUGGCUGCUUCUCAGGGACCUUUGACCUUCAGGGAUGUGGCCAUAGAUUUCUCUCAGGAGGAGUGGGAAUGCCUGGACCCAGAUCAGCGGAAAUUGUACCUGGAUGUGAUGUUGGAGAACUACAGCAACCUGGUGUCCGUGGCUAUUCCAUCUAAAGAUAACCAAGCCUUUAUGCCAAAGCUGAGAAUACAGGAUUUAUUCCCUGAAAUAGUACUGAAUACACAAAAUGGAGAUAGCAGUUAUCAGUGGAUUGAACAUUGGAAAAAAUCUAAGCAAGCGUCAUAUCUUAAUCAUCGGACAAGUGAGUUCACAGGGGACCAUCGUAAAAGUGGAAAUGUCUUUGACCAAAUGUCCUUUCACAAUAUACAUCAGGUUAUUCCUAUUGUGGAAAACACACACCAAGGAAGUUGUGUCCACUCUUUUCAGCAGUCUUCAAAUUACAGUGGACAAGGUGAUAUUCAUCCUGGGGAGGAGACUUACAAAUGGAAUCCUUGUGGUAGAAUCUCCAGUCAAAUAUACAAUAUAAAUGGACAGGAAAAAAUCUAUAUUGGAGAAAAACAGUAUAUAUGUAAAGAUUCUGGUAAAACAUCUAAUUGGCCUUCAGGUUGUACACUAAAUCAGAGAAUUCGUACUGGAGAGAAGCCUUACAAAUGUAAAGCAUGUGGCAAAGCCUUUAAAUGUCAUUCAUCUCUUAUUGUACAUAAGGGAAGAAUUCAUGCUAAUGCAAAAUUUUACAAACUCAGGGAAAAUGGAAAAGGCUUUAGUCAGUCCUCAAGACAUACUCAACAUCAUAGAAAUCAUAGGGAUGAAGAGACGUAUAACUGUUCACAAUGUGGCAAAGCCUUUAGACUACCCUCCACCCUUAUUCUUCAUCAGAGAAUGCACACUGGAGAGAAACCUUAUAAAUGUAGAGAAUGUGGCAAAGCAUUCCGCCAAGCCUCAGACAUGAAUCGACAUCAGAAAGUUCAUACUGGAGAGAAACCUUACCAAUGUAGCGAAUGUGUCAAAGCCUUUAGUGAGCCCUCCAACCUUAAUCGUCAUAAGCGUAUUCAUACUGGAGAGAAACCUUACAAAUGCACCGAAUGUGGCAAAGCAUUCAUUGAGUUCGCAAGCCUUAAAGGACAUCAAACAGUUCAUACUGGAGAGAAACCUUAUAAAUGUACAGAAUGUGACAAAGCCUUUAGGUGUUCCUCAAGACUUAGAAUUCAUCAGAGAAUUCACACUGGGGAGAAACCUUACAAAUGUAGAGAAUGUGGCAAAGCCUUUGGGGACUCCUCAUCCCUUCGUUGUCAUCAGAGAGUUCAUACUGGAGAGAAGCCUUAUAAAUGUAGAGAAUGUGGCAAAGCCUUUGCUGAAUCCUCAUCCCUUCUUUAUCAUCGGAGAGUUCAUACUGGAGAGAAGCCGUAUAAAUGUAGAGAAUGUGGGAAAGCCUUCAGCCACUCUAAAUUCCUUAAUCAACAUCACAGAGUUCAUACUGGAGAGAAACUUUUCAACUGUAAAGAAUGUGGCAAGGCAUUCAGUUUGGCAUCAUCCCUUAAUUAUCAUCAGAGAGUUCAUACUGGAGAGAAGCCUUAUAAAUGUAGAGAAUGUGACAAAGCCUUCAGCCACUCUUCAUCCCUUAAUCAACAUCACAGAGUUCAUACUGGUGAGAAGCCUUAUAAAUGUAGAGAAUGUGGCAAAGCCUUUAGCAAGUCCUCACACCUUACUUCUCAUCAGAGAGUUCAUACUGGAGAGAAGCCAUAUAAAUGUAGAGAAUGCGCCAAAUCCUUUGGCACCUCCUCUGAUCUUACUAGGCAUCAGAGAGUUCAUUCUGGAGAAAAGCCUUAUAAAUGCAGAGAAUGUGGCAAAUCCUUUAGCAGGUUCUCACGCCUUACUUCUCAUCAGAGAGUUCAUUCUGGAGAGACGCCUUAUAAAUGUAGAGAAUGCGCCAAAUCCUUUGGCAGCCGCUCAGACCUUACUAAGCAUCAGAGAGUUCAUUCUGGAGAGAAGCCUUAUAAAUGCAGAGAAUGUGGGAAAGCCUUUAGCCAGUCCUCACAGCUUACAUCUCAUCAGAGAGUUCACACUGGAGAAAAGCCUUAUAAAUGUAGAGAAUGUGCCAAAUCCUUUGGCUACUCCUCACAGCUUACAUCUCAUCAGAGAGUUCACACUGGAGAGAAGCCUUAUAAAUGUAGAGAAUGUGGCAAAGCCUUCAGCCACUCUUCAUCCCUUAAUCAACAUCACAGAGUUCAUACUGGUGAGAAGCCUUUCAAAUGUAAAGAAUGUGGCAAGGCAUUCAGUUUUGCAGCAUCCCUUAAUUAUCAUCAGAGAGUUCAUACUGGAGAGAAGCCUUAUAAAUGUAGAGUAUGCGCCAAAUCCUUUGGCACCUCCUCAGAGCUUACUACGCAUCAGAGAUUUCAUUCUGGAGAGAAGCCUUAUAAAUGUAGAGAAUGCGCCAAAUCCUUUGUCACCUCCUCACGGCUUACUAGGCAUCAGAGAGUUCAUUCUGGAGAGAAGCCUUAUAAAUGCAGAGAAUGUGGCAAAGCCUUCAAUCAGUCCUCACACCUUAUAUAUCAUCAGAGAGUUCUCCAUGGAGAGAAGCCUUAUUAAUGUAGAGAAUGUGGCAAAUCCUUUGGUUUCUCUUCAAACCUUACUAUGCAUUAGAGAGUUCAUUCUCGAGAAGCCUUAUAAAUGUAAUGAAUGUGCCAAAGCCCUUACCACGUCCUCAUCUCUUAAUUAUCAUCAGAGGGUUCACACAGGAGAGAAGCCUUAUACAUGUAGAGAAUGUGGCAAAGCCUUCACUGGAUCUUCAAACCAUACCAGCCACCAGUGAAUUCAUACUUGAGAGAAGACAUGUAAAUGUAAUGAAUGUGGCAAAGCCAUUAUCCAGUCCUCAUCCCUUUCUUGUCAUCAGAGAGUUCACACUGGAGAGAAGCCUUAUGAAUGUAGAGAAUGCAGCAAAUCCUUUGGCAGCUCCUCAGAUCUUACAAAGCAUCGGAGAUUUCAUUCUGGAGAGAAGCCUUAUAAAUGUAGAAAAUGUCUCAAAGCCAUUUAUCAGUGUUCCUGUGUUACUGUACAGCAGAGAGUUCAUAAUUGAGAGAUGUUUUACAGAUGUGAGGUGUGUGGUAAGUCCUUGACCAGCUGUGAGAACUUAUUGAACAUCACAGAAUUCAUACUGGAAAGAAGCCUUAGGAAUGUGAAAAAUGUGAAAAGGCUUUAAAACCAAUGUAUUACUAUACUUGAUCAACAUCAGAACAAAAAGAGACCUUACAGAUGUAUAGAAUGGGCUAGAGCAUUAACCCAUAGCUUAAAAUUUACAUCAGAGAUUUUAUAGUGGAGGGAAUCCUUAUAUUGUAAAAAAUGUGAGAAAGCCAUUAGCCUUUGGUCAAAUUUACUAAACAUUUUAGGAAUCAUUCUGAAGAGAAACAGCAGUAAUAUAAAGUUUUCAUCCAAAGAUUUAACCAUGGUUGAAUCGUCAUUGAAAAUGAUAAAAUUGAGCCUUAAAAAUUAUGAGGCAUAUGUCAAAGUGUAUAUCCUUAUUUGUAUGUCAUACAACAUCUGGUAAUUAUUGGAUCAAAGUCUAGGUGAUAUAAAGAAUGUGACAAAGCUUACUUAGUAUGCAAACCUUACACGACAUCAGAAUUCAUACUGGGGAGAAACAAUACAAAUUUAAACAGUGUCCUACAUACUUUAAUCAGCAUCUGUAGCUUAUUCCUCACAUUGGAAUUCAUUCUAGAGGGAAACCUUAAAUGUGAAGAAUGUGGGAGAUCAUAGAGUGGGACCUACAGCCUCAGUCAAUACCAGGGAUUGUAAUUGGGUAGAAGUUCAAUAUUUAUGAUAGAGGAGGAAGGACUUUUAAAAUAUAUAUGUAGUUUACAAAAAUCCAAGGAAUUUAUGCCUUAAAAUGACUUUACGAUGUAAAAACUUUAUCCAACUAUGUAAUUGCUUAUGAAUUUUAAUGUAUCACUGAAUUCACACUAGAUAGGUAGCAAAAAUGCCUUUCGGUAUUGCUCUACAUCAGAAUGUUUACUACAGUAUACUCCAAACUUUAAAUGUAGUUUGGUAAUGUUUUCUAUACUUGAAUAUAUCAAAAGAAUUAAUGUUUCCAUAUGUACAAUUACUUAGAGUGUUAUCUCAUUUAAAUUAAAAACGUAUGAAGUAUUUUCAAGAGAAAUUUGAUCCUACUCCCAUCUCACUUGAUGUUGUUAUAUUUUAUUCCUGGUGUGUGUGUGAAAUUAUGGAGUUGGUUGUUUCUGCCUUAAAGAUCUGUGAGCUGGCUCUUGCUGGUUUGGCACAGUGGAUAGAGCGUUGGCCUGCAGACUGUAGGGUUUGAUUCCAGUCAGGGGCACAUGCCUGGAU